UUCCAUGAUGGUUACCAAGUAAAUAAAAAAAAAUAAAAUAAAAAAAGAGAGAGAGAAAGAGAGGAAGAGAGAAAGAGAAAGAGAAAGAGGGAGAGAGAGAGAGAGAGAGAGAGUAUUGGAAAAAUUUUGAAGUUUUAACACUUAGAGGACCAAGCACCACCACGACAACAUGUCAGGACUUGUUUCCUUGUCUCGAUUCUUUCAUAUCAUUGGCUCAUCCGGUAUUUGGAUUUUACCACCGAUUGAUGUCGUUUUACUUUAAAACGCCAAGACAAAUUGUAUGUAUGUAUAUAAAGUGUCUAUGUAUGAGUUUCUAACCUCAAAAAUCUGCUGAGAGUAGUCCGUAAGUUAUUCGUUAUGGAUUUGCCAAUUUUAAUGUUAUACUAUACGUGAUAUUGUAUACGGAAAAUCUGAAAAACAGUUUAGUGAUUGAAUAAUAUUAAAAUAAUUACUAUUUGAACGUUCAUAGUAAUAUUAAGUGUUUGUUUUUUAGUAUUUAUUGAGUGAAUAUUUUUUUUAUCGUGUUAUUUUUAUUACGUUCAGUGUACAGUUGAUUAUUUGGUUAUCAACAUAAUUAAGAGGCUAGUGUUGUGAGGUGUAAAAAGUCUUAGGUGAUAAAGUGAAAUUUACUAGCAGUAUUUAAAUAUUAUAUUGUAUGUUUAAUAUAUAUAAACAUGAUGAAUACCAUAUGCAUUGAGUUAUCCUCUCGUGCAUCAGUGGUAUAUUCAUUUGGGAAGGAAAAGUUUUUGACAGUGAUAUAAUAAAUUUAUCCUGGAAACAAAAGUUUUAACUAAUAAGGAUUUAGGAGAAAUAAAAGUUAAAUAGUGCCAACAUUGCAGAUGGAUAAACAGGGAUGACUGACAAUUGUUGGAAUUCUGGUGGUGGCGCUGGCGUCAAGAUGGAGCACUUUCAGGCCACCCUGGACCCUAGGAAGCAGGAAUUACUGGAGGCCCGCUUUCUCGGCGCGAGGGGUGGUCGGAACAACGGGCCGAAUAAAAAUGCCCUCGACACCGCGCAGUCGUCGUCGUUACCUAACGCCGUUAAGUGCGGCCAACCGACUACCCCGGGAAUAGACUGGACGAGGCGUGACAAUGCUCCACCCUCGCGAGAUCAACGUAAUUCAUCGUGCAGCGCAACGACCCAGGGCCAUAUCUCUCAGAUGUCUGCUGGAUCACAAAUUCAGAUGGCACCUCAAUCAACCGUAAACUCUGGUCAGUCAGUUCAUAGUCAAGACUCAAAUAUGAGUACUGGCUCAUCACACAGUGAUAAAGAUGUGGAUCCAAAUACUCCUGAAAAGUUGCCUAGGACCACGUCCGAAAGAAAAAGAAAACGUAAAGCGGAUGAUGGAAGUGGCAGUGGACCUGGUGGCCCAACUGGUGGUAAAAGCGGAAGAUCACUUUCUUCCUUGGAAAAUAAAAAAAUAAAUGACUAUUUUCCGAAGCAUCAUUUAGGAAACAGCCCUAUAAGGCAUGGGGGUGCUAAAAGUCCAUCGCCUCAACAAGGGUAUCCUAUGUAUCCACCAUCAGCUCAACCUCUGGUAUCGCCCCAAGUGACGACACCUAACUCAUCGGUAGCGGAAUUUUCGUCACUGAUGCAACCUCCCCGAACUCUUUCCCAACCACAACCACCACCUCCACCUUCGUCGACGCAACCUGCUGGUUCAAUGGUCAGCAAGCAGGUACAGGUAAGGCCUACGAACCUACCUAGGACAAGCCAGGUCAGGCAAGCGAAGACAAACACGCCAAAUACGGAGCUCACUUGCCAGAGGAUACAGGAGUUUGAAUCGCAAGCAUCGUCUGACUUGGAGCUACGUAACAAUAAAAUUGAUGAACUAAAUAGAACAACAGAAGAACUUAGGCAUCAAAUGGCAACUCAACAAAAAAUACUUGAGCAGCACAAAUCACAUAUAAAUAAGUGUAUAGAUGUUGUAAAAAAGUUAUUAAAAGAAAAAUCAAACAUAGAAAAAAAAGAAGCUAGACAAAAGUGUAUGCAAAAUAGACUGAGGCUUGGACAGUUUGUGACGCAAAGGGUAGGUGCUACCUUUCAAGAAAACUGGACGGACGGCUACGCGUUUCAAGAGCUCGCACGACGACAAGAAGAAAUAACGACUGAACGUGAAGAAAUUGAUAGACAGAAAAAGUUGUUAUUAAAAAAGAGGCCGUCAAAUAGUGAGACUGGUAGAAAACGAAGCCAACCACAGCCUUCAUUACACAACGGCACCGAAGCUACUUUUUUAAAACCCGACGCGGUACCUGGAUCUUAUACCUGGCAAGAGUAUUAUGAAGCGGACGAAAUACUCAAAUUGAGACAGAGUGCGUUGAAAAAAGAAGAUGCUGAUCUUCAACUAGAAAUGGAAAAACUUGAAAGAGAGCGAAAUCUUCACAUCAGAGAACUGAAACGUAUUCACAACGAGGACCAAUCCAGAUUUAAUUCUCAUCCAGUACUCAAUGAACGUUACCUUUUAUUAAUGUUAUUAGGAAAAGGUGGUUUUAGUGAAGUACACAAGGCGUUUGAUCUGAAAGAGCAGCGAUAUGUGGCCUGUAAAGUACACCAAUUGAAUAAAGACUGGAAAGAAGACAAAAAAGCUAAUUAUAUUAAACACGCAUUAAGAGAAUAUAAUAUACAUAAAGCCCUGGAUCAUCCACGAGUUGUGAAGCUCUAUGACGUCUUUGAAAUUGACGCCAAUUCGUUUUGUACUGUUUUGGAAUACUGUGAUGGUCAUGACCUAGACUUCUACUUAAAACAGCAUAAAAUGAUACCAGAAAGAGAAGCGAGGUCAAUUGUGAUGCAAGUUGUGUCUGCGUUAAAGUACCUUAAUGAAAUAAAGCCCCCAGUCAUACACUACGAUUUAAAACCUGGCAACAUUUUGUUGACGGAAGGCAAUGUCUGUGGUGAAAUAAAAAUUACGGACUUUGGUUUAAGUAAAGUUAUGGAUGAAGAAAAUUAUAAUCCAGAUCAUGGAAUGGACCUUACGUCACAAGGGGCUGGAACUUAUUGGUAUCUACCUCCUGAAUGUUUUGUUGUUGGCAAAAACCCACCUAAAAUAUCUUCUAAAGUUGAUGUGUGGAGUGUGGGUGUUAUAUUUUACCAGUGUCUCUAUGGUAAAAAGCCAUUCGGACAUAAUCAAUCACAAGCAACUAUUUUAGAAGAAAAUACAAUAUUAAAAGCAACAGAGGUACAAUUUGCCAAUAAACCGACUGUUAGCAACGAAGCAAAGAGUUUCAUAAGGAGCUGUCUAGCGUAUAGGAAAGAAGAGCGAAUUGAUGUGAUGAUGUUAGCACGACAUGAUUAUUUACAGCCCCCAGUGCCAAAGCAUGGUCGUCAGGCAAACAGCCAGCAGCAACAGCAAGCUCAGCAACAGCAACACAUUCAACAAGCUCAACAGCAACAACAAACGUCAUUUACGACUGGAAUGUUUAGUGGAAUGAAUGCAUCCAGCAGUUCGUAGUGUAUGAACUUGUUUAUGCUGAUAAUAAACGAACCCAACUGGGACUUAUAAAAAAAAUUAAACUAAUUAAAAUAAGCAUGGACUUUUUAAACAAAAUAAUUAGUGAAUACAGAAUUAAAGUGAAGUUAAUGAUAAUGCAUCAAUUUAUUAAACUGAUAUAUGCCAAAUCUUAAAAACACUCAAUUUCACAUAAAUAUUUCAUCUUUAAUAAUAAAAUAAAAUUGACAAAAAAAAAAAAAAAAUAAAAAAAAGUUUUAAUUGUGGAAUUUACGUCGAAAAGUAAAAUUGAUAUCACGAUUAAUUCUUGUGUAAAUAUAUGACGACAAGGGAUGAAGAUAAAUUAAUAAAGAUUUAGUUUAAAAAAAUAAUAAUAAUAAAAUAAAUAACAAUCAAUAAUGAUGUCACUGGUUCACCAAUCACUUCUACACCCACCGCCAUCGACAAGGCUAAAUAAAUCAUUUAAUAUGAAGAAGAAAUGUUUUAAAUAGUUGACUAUAAAUGCUGAAGAUCACUCGCUCAACUAAUGGAUAUUUUCAUUAAUUAAAAAUAAAUAAAUAAUACAGACAGACUUUAUUUAUUAAUUAAUAAAAUUAGAGUGACUGAAACAAUAAAAAAAAAUGAGAGAAUGAGAGUGAGAGAGGUUGUGAAAGAUUUUUAAAAAUUGUCUGUCCUCUGCAGCAGCUAAGUAAAGAAAAAAAAAAAGCAAUCCAUUAUUGUGGACACUAAAACACAUUACACAAUUUUACAUUAUUAUACACUCACAUUAUGUCAUUAUUUUAACAUGAUAUAAAAUUGACAACAAAUAAAAAGUUGUGUUCGUAAAUAUUUAAUUGUAAUAUCGUUCCUUGUAUCGAGAACAGUGGGUUGGCUGAGAAAAAAAAAAUAUGAAGUAGUGUUUAAUUGAAGUAUAAAAGUU